UAAUGUUAUAGCUGCUUGGCUAGCUUUGGUUUCAUGAUUGUACUUGGUGCGCGCUAUUAUUCUGUGUUUCGCUUCAUUACAGAGCGCUAUGUCUACUCAAUCGAUUUUUAAGUCGGUGACCCAUGUUAUUUUCGACAUGGAUGGAUUGUUAUUAGACACAGAGAGGCUGUAUACCGAGUCAUUCCAGGAGGUAUGUGACCGGUUUAAUAAGAAAUACACGUGGGACGUGAAGUCUUCAGUGAUGGGGAAGAAAGCUUUGGAUGCUUGCACCAUUAUAAUAGACACCCUGGAAAUACCAAUGACACCAGAGGAAUUUCUCAGUGAGACUAGAAAAAUACAGGAGAGGAUAUUUCCAUCAGCUCAAUUGAUGCCAGGUGUGGAAAAACUCGUCCACCAUCUCUCAAAACACAACGUGCCCAUCGCCGUGGCGACCAGCUCGGCUGGCCCGACGUUUGAGAUGAAGACCAGUCGGCACAAAGCCUUCUUCGACCAGUUCAGCCACAUUGUGCUGGGAGACGACCCCCGUGUGACGAACAGCAAACCUCAGCCUGACUCCUUUCUGGUGUGCGCCGGCCAAUUCGCACCUCCUGCUGUUCCAGCCGAGUGUCUGGUGUUUGAGGACGCUCCCCUGGGCGCGAAGGCUGGCCGGGCGGCUGGCAUGCAGGUGGUCAUGAUCCCGGACGACAACCUGGACCGAGGCCUCACCGAGGACGCCACGCUGGUCCUGAGGACCGUGGAGGAUUUUAAACCGGAGAUGUUCGGCCUGCCGGCUUACGACUGAUCGGAGUGACUCGUGAAUUGGAUUGUUUGCCUGGAAAUCUCAGGUGACACUUUUCCCCAGCGUGGAUGUGUAAUCCAAUAAAGUGGGAGAGCGAAGUCUUCAGCUCUUUCAUCUUCGCUCGUGUUUGCCUGGGCUGUGCGGCUGGAAUCCACAUCUACUUUGUUUCCUGAGAAACCUCUGAAAGGCCUGAACACGAAGCAGAGUCACUGAGUAACCCCCCCCACCCACCCCCCACCCCUGUCUCCGUCUCCCCCAGGCUGCUCAAAUGGGAUUUUCACGACUACAGCAUCCCUACGACCACGUCCACGUUUCAUCAACCUGACCUACAUGCGUCUCUGGCCUUUCAUCCUCAGACCAGGCUAAUCUCUCUGAGGCUUUGGCUCCCCUUACUCAUUCACCCUCCACCGUUUAACUUGUGAUUUACCCCCUGGUGACCUGAAGAGUUUCUAUGUCAGUUUAAAUAAAAUUCGGGGAAAUGUGAA